ACAAAAUAUACAACUUUUGUGCCGUAGCUUAAAUUCCUUCCCCGUUGAACUUUUGAUUGAUUGUAGGAGAUGCCCGCCGACGGAUUGAACAGCCCUCGGGUGCAGCAACGCAAGAGUGGAGGCGGCGGGGACGCGAAGAAUGGAUCGCCGUUUCCAGACAAGUACGACAUGCGCGGCACACGGGUGCUGAGCAUCUACAAGAGUCAGAUCACCGAGAUCCCCAUGGAGGUGUUCGAGGAGGCGCGCCAGGAGGAGGUGAACGUCGUGCAGCUAAAGGACAACAGGCUGGGCGAGGUGCCCAAGGAUCUCAACAUGCUGAGCGAGCUGCUCACCCAGCUGGAUCUGACCAAGAAUCAGAUCUCGUACAUACCCACCAGCAUGUCGCAGUUCUCGAAGUUGGCCCACUUCAAGGUCCCCUGCAACUUGCUGCGCGAUCUGCCCAUGGAGUUUGGGGGCCUGCAGAUGCUCUGCACGCUGGACAUCUCCUUCAAUCGGUUCGAGCGUCUGCCGCGCUGUAUCGGCGAUCUGCAGAGCCUGGAGACCCUCUUGGCCCACGAUAAUCACAUCAAGGACAUCGAUGCCAGCGAGGCGGGACUGGGUGCCCUAAAGAAUCUCCAGGUAUUGGAUCUGAGCAACAAUGAUAUUCGCCAAGUGCCGCCCAUCCUGGGCAACCUGCAGAACAUUCGUGAGCUGUAUCUGAUGGGCAAUCCGCUCCGACAGCCGCGUCAUCAAAUUCUGAGCGCCGGAACGAACGCCAUCCUGGCGUUCCUCCGCACUCGCAUCCCCGUUCCACAGUAGUUCCAUUCAAAUUAUAUGUUGUUGUUAGUAAAUAAAAGAUCAGAACAAACGAA